AUGCCGCUUCCCUCAGGCCUCCACAAGCCGUUCUGCCCCGCCAACAUGGCUGACAUUCGACCAGAGAAACGUCGCGAGUCGUAGUCGGGAGGAGUUGCGGCAGUUGUUGUUUCGCGGGAAAGCCAGGUCUGCCAUGGCGGUAAAGGAGCGCCUAGAGGCUGUGCUAAACGUGGGCCUGCGGGUGCCCAGCAUCAUGCUGCUGGAUGUGCUCUACCGCUGGGAUGUAAGCUCAUUUUUCCAGAAGAUCCAGAGGAGCAGCCUGAACAACAACCCCGUGUUCCAGUACAAGUAUCUGGCCCUCUACUUGCACUAUGUGGGCUACAUCCUGAGUCUGGUUUUACUGACCCUGCCUCGUCAGCGCCUGGUGCAGCUCUACCUUUAUGUCGUCACUGCUCUGUUACUAUUUGCAGGUCACCAGAUUUCAAGAGACUAUGUAUGCGGAGAGCUGGAGUCUGGCUACGAGGGUCCGCUCUACCUGGAGCCUCUGUCUAUGAACCGCUUCGCCACAGCACUCGUCUGUCAGUUGGUGGUGUGCACUCUGUGCUCAUGCGUCAUGCAGACCAAGAGGAUCUGGCUCUUUUCCGCCCAUCUGCUCCCCCUGGUGGCCAGGCUGUGCCUCGUUCCUCUGGAGACCAUCGUGUUUGUGAACCGCUUUGCUAUGAUUUUCACCGGACUGGAGGUCAUCUACUUUAUGGCUUCCAACCUGCUGGUGCCCUUCAACCUUGCCAAGACUGCAUACAGGGAGCUGGCACAGGUGGUUGAGGUGUACGGGCUUCUGGCCCUCGGCAUGUCCCUCUGGAAUCAGCUCGUCCUGCCCGUGCUUUUCAUGUGUUUCUGGCUGGUUUUGUUUGCCCUGCAGAUCUACACCUAUAUCAGCACACGGGAUCAACCCACCUCCAGAGAGAGGCUGCUCUUUCUGUUUCUCACCAGUAUUGCUGAGUGCUGUUGUACUCCAUACUCUCUGCUGGGACUGGUGUUCACUGUGUCAUUCGUGGCUCUGGGAGUGCUCACACUCUGCAAGUUCUAUCUGCAGGGCUAUAGGGCCUUCAUGAACGACAACACCAUGCACAGGGGAAUGACGGAGGGCAUCACUCUUUUAAUCCUGGCCGUUCAGACAGGACUGAUCGAGCUCCAGGUCAUUCACAGAGCUUUUUUGCUCAGCAUCAUUCUCUUCAUCGUGGUCGCUUCCAUUCUGCAGUCCAUGCUGGAGAUUGCUGACCCCAUAGUGCUGGCACUGGGGGCCUCCAGGGAUAAGAGCUUGUGGAAGCACUUCCGUGCUGUUAGCCUGUGCCUGUUUCUACUAGUGUUUCCAGCGUACAUGUCUUAUAUGAUCUGCCAGUUUUUCCACAUGGACUUCUGGUUAUUGAUCAUCAUCUCCUCCAGCAUUCUCACAUCUCUUCAGGUAUUGGGCACACUGCUGAUCUACGUGCUCUUCAUGGUAGAGGAGUUGCGCAAGGUCCCGAUGGAGAACAUGGAUGACGUGAUCUACUGUGUGAAUGGCACGUACCGGAUGCUAGAGUUUGUAGUGGCUCUGUGCGUCGUGGCAUACGGCGUAUGUGAGACGGUAUUCGGCGAAUGGACUGUUAUGGGCUCCACCAUCGUGCUCGUACACUCUUACUACAACGUGUGGCUACGGGCACAGCUGGGCUGGCAGAGCUUCUUACUGAGGCGCGACGCUGUCAACAAGAUCAAGAGCCUGCCCACUGCGUCCGAGCAGCAGCUGCAGCAACACAACGACAUUUGUUCCAUCUGCUACCAGGACAUGACUUCAGCUGUCAUCACGCCGUGCUCUCACUUGUUCCACGCUGGCUGCCUAAAGAAGUGGCUGUACGUGCAAGAAGCCUGCCCUUUGUGCCACAGCCAGCUGAAAAGCACAGGUCAGAGAGAUACGGGUACUGACACACCAUCACAGCCGGACACCAGCAAUCACGAUGUGCAGCCAGAAGCGUCCAUGCCGGCCUCGACUUCAGCUGAGGCAGCAAACGGCCAGGAGGGGAAAGGAGAGAUUGAACUUGCUCCCUCCCCCUCCACCGGCUAAUAGCUGUUCCAUCGUUAUUAGACCUGAAAUUAGCCUCACUUCUGUGAUGUCAUACUUAAUCAUACUCAGUUAAUGCUGGUCAUGUUUCUGAACCUGGAAUGAAGCGGGUAGCUGUGUUACCUACUAACUGAUGUCCUUACAAUCAAACCAUACGAUUCCAUUUUUUGUACUCAUCUGUAAACAUGUUGUUACGUUCCAUUUUUAUUUAUUGCAGAGGCAUUUCGCUAAUGGAAAUGUCUGAAUAUUUAAAACACACGCUUAGUAACCUUUCCUUGCCACCUUUAAGCACUUCCAUGUCAACCCACGGCCUCAACGCCAGAACUGCUAACACUACACUAAACGUCUAGACGUCUAGAUCCCCGACCAACCUGAAUGUGAUCAUGUGACCCUCAAGACAGUGCUUUGGUGCUGUGUAAGCGCCCGGUAUGUAUUCACUAGCACGCUUUCAGUAUCCUGAAAUAGCAGUAGCCUAUAUUCCAGUUAUGAAUAUUGAUUUGUUUUCUUUAGAUAUAUAUGUAUAUGCCACUGCAUUUGCACUAAUGUAAUAUAAAGCAAUGCUCCAAAGUCGUCUUGUCAGGUACCAAAUAUUUUGGUGUGUAUGCAUCGACACAGAUAUUCGAGUCCUAGAUAUACAACCAUAGCUGCGUACAAACGUCCGUGUUAAGAGGUUUCGAUAUGCAGGAGUACAGUGUCAACGCGGCACCAGACGUGGUGAAGUGGCCGAGGCUCGCGUGAACACUUUACUGACCUCGUGAGGUAAAAGUGGGAAGAGCUGAAGGCUACGGAUACGAACUGGUGCCAACAGGUGAUCAAACUCUGUUUUAUCAGUAUUAUUUUGGCAUUAACUGCAUUUGUGAGCAUGAAUACAUUGAACAAUGUAUGAGCAAACUCGGCAAUGCCAUGUUUUAUUUAUUCGUUCGGGAUUUUGGCCUAUACAGAAAGUGGUUUUUACAUUUAUCGAUGGAGGGAUUUUUUAAACAGAAUGUUUUCAAUAUAUUUUGCCAUUUGAAUUCUAUCUUUAUGGAGGAACGGAGAGCCUGAUCUUUGCAUCGUUCUGAUUUUCCUUCUCUCGGUUGCUAGUUUACUAUAUGAACGUGCAAACUGAUGUCUUGAGAAAGCUGACUACUGUUUGAACUGCAGCUGAGCUCAGUAAAAUAUGCCUGAGGUUUGAUAUAACUAAACCUGAAUGUGACAAUAAAUCAAAACCUACUGUACCAACAGUC